GACCUUUUUAAUAAAAAAAAACAUUUUAACAAUAUUACAAUGGACACAUGACUAACUAUCAACCAGGAAGCUGAAACUUAAAUUGUAACAAAAAGGUUUGAAUUAUUUCCGUGAUAGAAAUAGGCAUUUCAUUACUUCAUGCAUUUAACCAUUAAACAUUUCUAUUGUUUAAAACGGAAAAUUGUGUAUUUUUUGUCCAAAUGAAUCAAUUGCUCACAUGACGUACUAGCAUGCGGCUGCUAUACUUUGUGUGUUGGAUAUUUAUUGAAAGAAGUGCCCAUUGUAAACAGCUACCUCCUGUGAUUUUGGUUCCAGGUGAUGGCGGCUCAAGAAUUGAAGCGAGGCUGAACAAAUCUUCACAUGGACCUUAUCCACUGUGUGACCAGCGUACAAAAGAUUUUUAUGUUAUAUGGGUGAACAUUGCAAGUGUUGUUCAUCCCCUUCCGACCGACUGCCUCGUUGAAAACUUUAGAUUAGAAUAUAACAACAAGACGCAUAGAACCAGUUAUCCAGAGGGUGUUGACAUACGGGUACCUGGAUUUGGUGGAACAGACAGCGUGGAAUGGUUAAGUGAUACUCAUUUUCCGAAACUCGGUUACUUCCACGAACUAGCAGAGAAUAUGGUAAAAUGGGGAUAUGUUCGGAACAAAACCAUCAGAGGUGCUGCAUAUGAUUUCAGAAGAUCACCAAAUGAGCUUGAAGAUUAUUAUACAAAUUUGACAAAGCUGGUAGAAGAAACAUACUACAUGAACAACAACACAAAAGUUGUUAUUUUAGCCCACAGCUUAGGAAACCUAGUAAUACUGUACUUUCUUAACCACAAAAGACAGGAAUGGAAGGACAAAUACAUCAGAUCAUUUAUAACACUUGGUGCACCGUGGGGAGGAAGCGUCAAAGCAUUGAGGAUGAUUGUUUCUGGCGACAAUGUCAACAUCAUUACAAUCGCAGCAUUAAAAGCUCGUCCAAUGCAACGCUCUAUGACAAGCUCCGCCUUCCUUAUGCCGACCAAUCAGUUUUGGAGCAAGUCGGAGGUUUUAAUUCAAACACCUAAACGGAACUAUACUGUGAACGAUUAUCAACAGCUCUUCAAGGACCUUAAUUUUACAGAUGGGUUUUUAAUGCGAGAAGAUGUAGAAGGUUUGGUCAACCCCUUGAGGCCCCCGAAUGUGGAAGUCUAUUGUCUCUAUGGGAACGGUUUGAAUACUACAGCUAAAUGGGUAUAUGGAGAAGGCGCAUUUCCGGACAAACGACCAAAACCUGUGGAUGAAGAUGGCGACCAAACUGUUAAUAUCAGAAGUCUCGAGGGUUGCUUGCCAUGGAAACAUCUUCAAACACAGCCAUUCCACUCGAAAGCAUUUCAGGGAAUUGGUCACGUGGACAUUAUAAAUCAUGGUGUGUCUAUCGGUUACAUUAAAUCAGUCUUGACGAAUUUAGACUGAAGAGCUUUUCUAAAGCAUUAUUAUGUUGGGGAAACAUUUUACAAUCGUGUUUUAAAAAGAAUAAUAUAUGCAGUUUCAAGUUUUU